AGCCUAAUUGCAGUCCUCGCAAUUUUGGGCGGACAGCCUAACGACAUAAAUAUUUCCUGUCCAAGUUAUCUUUUCCUUCAGACAGCUGCUUUGAACUGAUGAUGAAGGUCUCCGCAUAGUAACUGACUCAAUCUUUUUCUGACAUAAAGUACGAGCCAAGGGGUUGCCAAAUAUAGUCUGUUUACUGCAGGACGUGGACUUGUGGUAACUAUCUGAUUGUAUGUGGACCAUUUCCCUCGGCUAUAGAUUGGUGUCCGGCUAUCCGAUGCUGCAGCCCAUCCUCACUCCGGGACGAUAGGUUAAUUAACUGAUGACUACCGAGCGCUCUGAUGUCCGACCUCCCCAUGAUGUCGAACUGGGGAUUUGCGUGCUAUGGCUGAAGAUGUCUCUGGACUCUGAUAAGGUGUGUGGGCUGCUGUCCCGGGACUCCAGAACCUCCUGUGUCUUCCAGGCUGCAGACGAGAAGGAUGACAUACCAGGGGUGGGGGAGGACAGUGUUUUGGAGAUGCUGAGCUAUUCUAAGUUCUCUGACCUGGAGACAUGGCUGUGCAUGCCCUCCACGCUGCUCCCCAGGGCCCUAGAGUCCACCCGCUCUACCUCCUCCUCAGGCUCCACCUCUACAGCACACCUCUCCACCUGCAGCGAGACUGGAGAGACAGACACACCACACAGACCUCUAGAUAGGGAGGCCAUGUUCCUUACCCCUGCACUGGGGCGGGAAAUCCCAUUCCUGGCCACACCCUUAGCCCCCAUCCUGUCCUCUACGCCGUGCAACAUAACCCCACAGGGCGGGGUCAGUGUCAGGAAGCGCAGGCGAUUGGCAGCCAGUCCCGGGGGACUACACUGGACCUCUACAGGCUCAGUGCAGCGGGACUUCGACAGAACAGAGCCAUCUCCCAUAUCAUCAGCCCAGGCCCCAGCCCCAGCACCGGCCCCGGGUGUGAGAAGCCUCCCCCUGGGUGAGACAGCAACAGCAGCGGGUGAGGGAGAGACAGCGGGUGAGCGGGCGGCUCUGAGGAAGACUGUAUCCGUUGACGACCGUCUGAUGCAGUCGGCGCCCAGAGAGCAGCAGCAGCACAGACUCCUCAGCAAGCUGGAGAGAGGCAAGAAGAAACUCAGGAACAUACAUAGUCUUGGAUCAACAGGCAGAUACGAGACCAGGAAGAACUCGGAGAGUAAGAUAUCUCGCCUGGCUCAGAGGUUGAACCAGAGACCAGGGGAUGCUCUGAUAAAGGACUUCAGACAGUUGCUCUACACGGGCUCACCACGCACGUCUCACAGCCUGGACAGGAACUUCUAUUCUGUCAGCAUGACUCAACAGAUGCAGAACCUGCAGCUGGCCCAAACCAGGAAGUGCUCGGGAGGCCCUGCCUCUCCCAGCGCUGCCAAGCGCCUGUACAGGAACCUAUCGGAGAAGCUCAAAGGUGGCCACUCCUCCUUUGAGGAGGCCUACUUCUUCGGCCGUGGAGACCGUCACGGUCAUCGCAAGGGCUCGAGCAUGCAAGGUAGUGAGUGUCUGUUUGAGGCGGUGGAGCAGCAGGAUCUAGAUGCUGUCCAGAUCCUUCUCUACCAGUACACAGCUGAGGAGCUGGACCUCGGCACACCUGACAGCCAAGGGUUAACACCGCUAGACAUCGCCAUCAUGACCAACAACACCCCCAUAGCCAAACUACUGCUGAAGGCCGGCGCCAAGGAGAGCCCUCACUUUGUAAGUGUGGAGAGUCGCGAGGCCCACCUCGGCAGCCUGGUCAUCGAAGCAGAGAGGAAGGCAGGGGAGCUGGCUGCCCAGGCCCAGAGAGAGGGUCUCAGCCUGGAGGCCUGUGACAAAGACAAGGAGCUCCGAGCCUGGGAGUGGAGGAGCAAGCUCUACAAACGCAUGAGGACUGGCUUCCAGCAUGCACGUGUGCCGGAGCCCCCGUCUGCAGUGGGUCUGUGUGUAACCAGUAGCUCCUCUCUCACAGUUACCUUCCAGGAACCCCACUGUCUCAAUUCUGCUGUGGUCACCAAGUACAGAGUGGAGUGGAGCUGUCUAAAGGAUUUCUCAUUGCUGGCCGGAGACAUGGUGUUGGAAAACCUACAAACUCUCAAGUGUACCGUCAACGGCCUUACCAUGGGGAGGCUGUACUAUGUUCAGGUGUCGGCCUACAACAUGAGGGGUUGGGGUCCACCUCAACAGUCUCUACCCCCCUCUGCUGCACCUUCCAACUGGAGAGAGAGUGAUGGUCGUGAGCCCAGGAGAAGAGGGCACAUAGAGGCUAUGGAGCGCUUGCUGCAACAGGUCCGCGCUACACACACACACUACAGCUGCGGAGACACAUCAAAGCUCCAGAACCCAAGCCGUAAGCAGUCCGUCUCCAGAAGUCUCAAGCACCUGUUUAACUCUUCAAACAAGUUCGUCAAGACACUCAAAAGGGGGGUUUACCUGGCAGCAGUGUUUUACCACAAAGACAGUGUUCUGGUGACCACAGAGGACCAGAUCCCUAUAGUGGAGGUGGAUGACUCCUACGGCAGCUCUCUCAUGCAGGACUUCCUCUGGUUCACUAAGUUGUCAUGUAUGUGGGAGGAUGUGCGGUGGCUGAGACAGAGUAUGUCUGUCUCCAUGUCCUCCUCCUCCACUCUACAGGCCAGACAGAAGAUGCUGUCUGCCGCUGGGCAACUACAGAAUCUGUUAGGCACACACAACCUGGGGCGUGUCCACUACGAGCCCAUCAAGGAUCGUCAUGGUAAUGUAUUGUUAUUGACGAUCAGGGACAUGGAGAGCCAGUACUCCUUCUUCAAUGGGAAGUGGAUGCAGGUGUCCAAGCUACAGAGCCAGAGGAAGAGUCUGUCCACACCUGAAGAACCCUACGCGCUGGACAUACUGCUAAUAACCAUACAGGACAUCUUGGCCUACCAGAGGCGUAGCCAGCAUCGCCUGGUCCCAGGUCUGUACCUGGGCUACCUGAAGCUCAGCAGCUCUGUAGACCAGAUCAGGGUGCUGGUACCACAGAGGAUGCCCAACAUGCUGUGCCACGCGCGGGUACGAGACAACGCCAAUGUCUCCAGGGAGGAGUGGGACUGGCUGCAGAGACUGUCCACCCUAGAGGAUGGAGAGGAGAGACCGGCGGGAGAGAGAGAGGGAGCAGAUCAAACGACAGACAGUAACACACCGCUCCUCUACUACGAGCUACAGACUUCCCUCAAGGCCCUGCUCAAACUCAUCAACCUACCUCUGCACCAGGCCAAGCACUUCCGUAUCUACACUCACGAGGUGUUGGAGUUGGGUCAUAAUGUUUCCUUUCUGCUGCUGCUGCCGGCGGCUGAAGAUGUGUGUACAGCUCCCGGACAGAGCAACCCCUACACUCCCCACUCCGGCUUUCUCAACCUCCCUCUACAAAUGUUUGAGCUGGUCCAUUUCAGUGCCUACAAGGAGAAGUGCAUCAGUCUGUACUGCCGCAUGUCAUCUGUCUUGGACCUGGAUGCACUUAUUACCCAGCAGGCACUGCGAGAGGCCAUAAUGGACACAGAGGUUGCCACUGCCAAACAGAGACACCAACAUAUACUGGACUAUAUACAGCAGCUGGAUGAGAUGUGGCGGGAGCUGCGUUGGAUCACUGAUGCCCUGCAGUGUGCCCGCUACAAGCAGCCCCGUGGCGGUGUUCCCAUCACCAGCCUGGUCAAUGCCAGCGAGCCUGAGUCAGACCAGGGGGCACAGAAGAGUGACUCAGCAUCCUCUACCAUGGACUACCUACCCACACCAUCGCCAUCACCUGAGCUACGGCGCAGGAAGGAUGUUAGUGACUCCCAGCUGGGGUCAGAUGAUGACGGUUGUUCAGAGGUGUUCCUGCCGACAGAUAGUGACUACGACUCCAGCGAAGCCUUGUCCCCACGCGAGCUGGACCUGCUCUACUCCCCCCCACAGGACCUAUCCCAGCAGGCCGUGCACGCCCUGGGAGGUAGCGCUCCCGACGUACUACAGAUACACGAGCUCAGGUACAGCAUCUGCCAGCCCAAAGACCUCGCUCUCUCCCCUCUCUCCCCUGCCUUCCCCCUCUCCCCAGGCCCAAUCCUCUCCACCGCCCCACCCCCCUCACCUGCCCCCAUCUUCCCUGAGACCACUCUAUCCUGCUCCAAAACCCUGGAGGGUCUCUCCCUCUCCAAAACGACCCAGGACAAGCACUCCUUCACCCCGUUGCGGCACCUUGCCAACCCCCCAGCCAAGCGGAAGCUGCUGUCCCGGAGCCACGGGGCUACUGGGGCCCAGGCAGGUUACUUCAGCGGUCCCCAGCGGUGGCUCAGGGGCCACAGCGACAGCCACACAGGGUCCCUGUCUGAGGGUGUCUAUACCAGGCAGAGGGACCCAGACCUGACCACCCUGCCCCUGAAUCUCCCAUCACCUCAGGGGGAGAUAUAUGCUAGUCAUGCUUCCUGUGUCCUGGAGGGCCGGAGGGGGGGACAGAGGGAGCCCAAGCCCCAUAUCAGGACUAUCUUUGUGGAACCGUGUAAGGAAACGUCACCUGAGAACAGGGGCUGUGGAAAGGAGGAGAGAGGGAUGGAGGGAAAGGGAGGGAUGGAGAGAGGGGCAGGGGUGACAAUGGUUUUGGCAGAGGAGGGGUCAGGAGAGGAGGGGUAUGAAGGAGCGAGAGCCCAGGAUCUGGACUCAGACGACCAAACAAACGCACAGGUGUCAGAGAUCCUCAGCAGCAAGCUCUAGGAUUAGACAAUGGUUCGGCAAGGCGCUCCAGGAUUGGACAAUGCUCAGUAAUAUACUCUAGGAUUGGCCAUGUUCAGCAUUUGACAGUGGUUCAAUAACAACCUCCAGGAUUGGACAAUAGCUCAGCAACAUGAUCUAGGAGUGGACGGGACUGAGUAACACGCUUUUGAACGAUUGGACAUAGGCUAAUUGAUGACAGCUGGAUGGAGCAAUGUUGUUUUGGUGCGUUGCAUACAGUCCCUCAUCCCUGUGUCCAAACUGAUAAUGAUGCUCCUUUUCUUGUCUGUUUGUCUCUGUGUGUGCUGUUGUGUGGGUCUAUAUCUUUCUUUUAUCCCUUUCUCUUUCUAUCUAUCCUUCAAAUUACUGUGGACAGGCAUGCUGAACUGACACUGAGCUAGUGCAUGUUUCUCUCUGAGCUCAUGCACGUGUGUAGCUCACAGACUAGACAACCCUUGCUCUCUCUGUAGAAUGUUCUAGAGACUCAGGUUGCUGGCCAACUGUCUGAACUGUUAACUCAGAACCAAGCCAAGGCUCCAACUGUUAUGACCUAUAAUUAAUGCAACAUGACGUCGCUGUCGGAUCUAAACGUCAACUCCAAAACAGAAAAAAUACAUUAUAAUGUAUUUUCCAAAUAACGAACAUACAAUUAUGGAACUUCAGAAGUAUUUUGAAUACAUUUUCUUUGUCCUAGAAUGAUGAAAGGAAGUUACUGCUUUCAGCACAUAUAAAACCUGAAAAUUGGCAAAAAUGGUGUUAAAGCUUUUCAUCCGACAGCGACGAUGAAUUUAAGCACUGCUUUACCUAUACCUCUGCACUUGAAAGUGUGUUGAUGGCCGACAAUGGCUCAAAGUUGCUAUUUCAAUUGAUGAGUAUCCAUUAUACAUUGACACCUUACAUAAACUCAGCAAAAAAAGAAACGUCCUCUCAUAUCAACUGCGUUUAUUUUCAGUAUAAAUAUUUGUAUG